GUGAAGUUAAGUUAGUCAGGUGUCGCUGGUUGGUGGGGGUGGUGCUCGUGCUUCCUGCUAUACUUGAUCCAUGGAUAAAGUGCGUUUUUACACCCGGCACACUAGUGUUACUGCAGUAUAGUGUCUGGAGGUAGUCGCAGGGGUGGAAAUACGCACCCAUAAGUCUCAUUCUGAGGAGCUGCGCUGCUGCUACGGGUCUAGCACUUCCCCUGAGGAGGUGAUCUGCAUGGUUAGAAAGAGAGCUUCUGAUGUCCAGACUACACACUUCUGGCGAGGCAGCAGUCAGUUUACUGAUACCAGGAUGGGGUGGCGCUGACCUGACCUCUCUUGACCUCCACAAUAUCCAUACCUGAGCUCCCUUCUCCCACUCCACCAAAAGUACCAGUCAUGGAGUACGAGAAGGGGGACCUGGUGUGGUUUGACCCCGGGCUGGGCUACGUGCUGCCGGGCGAGGUCAUGGAGUUCCACAGAGCAGGUCAGGUCAUCACCGUGCAAGCCGUCAUAGGUGGCAAGACUCAGGUCUUCACGCUCACUAAUGUCUCGUCAGUACGUCGACGUCAAGACCUGGGACCAAGCGGCGUGGAAGACAUGAUCAGUCUAUCGGAUCUGAACGAGGCGUCGCUGCUGUGGAACCUCAAGAUCAGAUACGACAAGGAAAUGAUUUAUACAUACACGGGCAGCAUCCUGGUAGCGGUCAACCCGUACCGCAUGUUCGACAUAUAUGGGCUGGACACUGUCAAAAAAUACGAGGGCCAGAUCUUGGGCACCUUACCCCCCCACAUCUUCGCCAUUGGGUCUGCAGCGUACUCGCGCAUGAGCAAGGACUCCAACAACCAGUGUGUGGUAAUCUCUGGAGAGUCCGGCGCUGGCAAGACCGAAUCGACCAAGCUGAUCAUGCAGUACCUGGCGGCCGUCAACAAGUCCCAGAGUAACCUUAUCACUGAGCAGAUCCUUGAAGCCUCUCCACUUCUCGAGUCCUUCGGUAACGCCAAGACCAUCAAAAACGAUAAUUCCUCCAGGUUUGGCAAGUACCUGGAGGUCUACUUCAAAGACGGGGUGAUCACGGGAGCCAAAAUCACCGAGUACCUUCUGGAGAAAUCUCGCAUAGUGACACAAGCGCACGAGGAGAGGAACUAUCAUGUCUUCUACGAGCUCCUUGCUGGACUACCUGAGGAACGUAAGGCCAAGUACGGCCUCACCUCAGCCGACAAGUACUUCUACCUUAACCAGGGCGGAAGCUGUCAGUUGGAGGGCAAGUACGACGCUGAGGACCUGCAGGCGCUACUCUCAGCCAUGCAAGUGCUGGGAUUCUCCUCUGACGAGCAGGACACCAUCUUCAGGAUUCUCGCAGCUGUGCUGCACCUGGGCAACAUCUACUUCCACCGCAAGCAGCUGCGGCACGGGCAGGAAGGUGUGGAGAUCGGCAGUGAAGCAGAGAUCAAGUGGGCCUCCCACCUGCUCCAGAUUGAUAACGUUGGCAUCAAGAGAGCUCUUACUACCAAGAUAACUGAGGCGAGAAACGAGCGGGUGUUCACGCCCCUAAACAUCGACCAGGCCCUGGACGCCCGCGACGCUGUGGCUAAGGCACUCUACUCCUCCCUCUUCUCGUGGCUCGUCCGUCGUAUCAACCAGAUCAUCCACAAGGGCUCUAGGAAGACCCAUAUCUCCAUUCUCGAUAUUUUUGGCUUCGAGGUCUUCAAGGAAAACAGCUUCGAGCAACUAUGCAUCAACUACGCCAACGAGAAGCUGCAGUUUCACUUCAAUAAACACAUCUUCAAGUUAGAGCAGCAGGAGUACGCUAAGGAGAAGAUAGAAUGGCAGAACAUUGACUUUCAGGACAACCUGCCGGUGAUCGAGCUGGUGGCCCGCAAGCCUGUAGGUAUUCUUCACCUGCUGGACGACGAGAGUAACUUUCCCAAGGCCACUGACCACUCCUUCCUCGAGAAGUGUCACUACAACCAUGCACUCAACGAGCUCUACUCCAGACCGAGGAUGUCCUCCAUGGAGUUCGGCAUCAAGCACUACGCUGGGCAGGUUUGGUACAGUGUUGAGGGCUUCCUCGACAAGAACAGAGAUACACUCCGAAAUGAUGUUGUUGAGCUCCUCAUCUCCUCUAAACAUGCCAUGUUGUCAGAGAUGUUCUUGGACGUGCGACUGCUGUCUGAGAACAAGACUUUGACCAAAGCCAAUGGUCGCUUCGUUACCAUGAAACCCAGGACGCCCACCGUCUCCGCCCGUUUCAAUGAUUCUCUCACCCACCUCAUGGAUGGCAUGGCUAAGUGCAACCCCUGGUUCGUGCGUUGCAUUAAACCCAACAACGAGAAAGCCCCACUGAAGUUGGACAUGCCAUGCGUGCUGGAGCAGCUCAGGUACUCUGGCAUGCUGGAGACUAUAAAGAUUCGUCAGCAGGGCUUUCCUGUACGCAUGCGCUUCAACCUCUUCGCUGAGCGGUACCGAUGCCUCGUACCCGGCCAGGUACCUAGGGGAGCGCCGUCGAAGGAGAUCUGCCGGGUGGUACUUGAUCGCAUGUCUCGGGGUUCCCGCGGCACCUUCCAGUUGGGUACCACAAAGAUCUUCCUGCGGGAGGCGUUGGAGCAGACGCUGGAGCAGGAGAGGUACAAGAGGCUCUCCCACUCCGUCAUCACCCUCCAGAGACACGUCCGCGGAUACCUAGCUCGCAGGAGGUAUCGUGCACAGCAGCGCAGCGCAGUCAUGAUGCAGGCGAUGGUGCGCAUGUGGCUGGCGCGCCGCCGCUACCGCACCUUGCGCCAGGCGGUGAUCAAGGCGCAGGCGCUGGCCAGAGGCAGGAGGACGCGCAUACGCUUCAUCAUGCUCAAGGAAGAGAUGGCCAGACGAAAGAAAGCGGAGGAACUAGCCAAGCAGAGGGCAGAGAGGGAGGCGCGCCAGAACCAGGCUGAGCAAGAGAGAGUCCAGCGCUCCGUGGCGGGGGUGAACCACCUUGAGAUCCCAGCCGAACUGGCCUUUAUACUCUCCAAAAUCAACGACUGGGAGAAGCCUCAUGGAGACAGGAACAUUGCACGAGCAGGGGCACCCGUCCGUCCAGCAGCCAUACACUACAACCUACCACACGACAUUGACUACCACCCGUACUCCAAGUUUACCAGCAUAUACUUCAAGUCACACAUCUGGGGAAUGAAACGAGAACCCAUCAAGACACCUUUCUUAUCCAAGUCUCGGGAUGCUGACUACAGUGACUCCCUGGCAGUCUUCAAGCUCAUCCUUAGAUUCAUGAAUGACCAUACUCUGUCUGGCGUCAGGGAAACUGUGCUCGGUAACUACAUCGCUAACAAGGGUCUGGUGAACGAGCGACUUCAGGAUGAGAUAAUAUGUCAGUUAUGUAACCAGACGUGGCGCAACGAGAACACUGCCAACGCUGAGAGAGGUUGGCUCCUGCUGGCCAACUGUCUCUCUGUCUUCCCUCCAUCUUCCACACUCUACAAGUACAUUCUCAAGCAUGUGUCGGACCAUGGUCUCAACGGAUACGCAGGUCUGUGUCAGAGGAAGCUGCUCUCCUCACACAAGAGGUCAUCAGGAGUGGCCCGCACCUACCCACCCACUGACCUCGAGUGGAGGGCCAACCGCAAGAAGGCUCGCAUGGCCCUUGAGGCUCAUUUUCCUGAUGGCAGUACAGGAAUAGGCGAGGUCGACUCGUGGACCACCGCUGAGGAGUUCGCAGCGGGUCUUCUGGACGAGCGUGGCAUCACUAACAACGUAGGCUGGACAGUGGCUAUAACGCAAGAUGACACUAUGGUGGAGACACCAGGUCUGGAGUAUGUCUUGGACCUGAUCGGAGAGAGGGAGGUACCUCCUGCCUUCCCUAGAUGCACCUCCAGCCUCCUCACUACAGGAGCACAGCCAGAGCGUCGGUCGUCAGCACCGGUUCUCCUGCCCACUGUGGAGGUGACAGACACCACUCCCAUCGAGGAGUCCCCAGUGGUGGCACGAAGGACCCGAUCGCCUCCAGCCUUAACACGAAAACUUUCUAGAGAAGCUCUUGAAGCCCACGACCAGGUGAUGAGCAACAGUAAGGAGGCAGCUGGGGAUGGUAUAGGACUCUCCAGAACGUCUGCCCUCAACAACCGUUACUUCGAUGAUAAGAACAAGAGUCGAUCACUGGAUAACCUCUUAGAGGGACCGCCUGAUAUUCAGAUGCUAGGUUUAUCAAGAAGCCGCUUGAAUGAACGCUACCACAGUGUGGAACGUCUUACUGAGCAAAGUACUGUUUAUAAUGGGCGAGCAACACAAGACCUCGACCACCUGGAGUCAGUCUCCCAGCGAGGAGUGGCCAAGUCACUCUCUGGCUCCAGGACCUGGAACAAAUACGACCUGCUAGAAGAGAGAAACGGUGUUGAAGGUGGGGAAGAUGAGACCAAGACUGAAUACUCGCGAGUGUCGAGCAGGUACAUCAAAGGUGGGCAGGCGGGACGGAGGGCUCAUGGGUCUGGUUCACAUCAUUCCAGCAGAGCAUACAUUGAGCGAGAGUAUCUCAAGUCCUCAGCCAUGUCAGAUACUAGUGAGGCUCCCUCCUUAGCUUCUCAUGUGCGUAGAGUACGUGUCCCUUCCCAGGCGUCAGAUGUGGAUCAAUUCCUGGAUGAUCUUUUCAUGCCAGUGCUCAACUCGCAGCUUGAUGAGCUGUCUGAUGCUCGAUCUCUGGCUGCGUCUAUUAAGGGCGGAGGUAACACUGUCUCAUCACAACCAGUCUACACAGACGAUGACCUGGAUGACACUAUUGUCUUGGCAAGGACACGGCAGGGAUCCUUCCGGCGUCAAAGUCUACUAAACAUUCUACAAGAUGUAGAUCUUAACGAAUCUUUGACCACCCUAGCGACUAUACCCUUGCUAACAGAGGCCCUGAAAGGAGGCGGCCAGGGAGCAGCCGAAGUGGAGACUGGAGCACCUCCUACCACUGCGGGAGGUACUUUCUACCCUAAUGUGUCAAUGUCUGGAAUGCCUGGGUCUCCUAAUUCCUUCAUGCCUGCUGGCACAGUUCCCCUCUAUUCUGCAGGUGGAAUAAAUAUGCCAGGAAUGCAGACACAAAGCCAGGCUACAAACGUGGAUCAUGGCCAGUUGCUUGUCCAUCAACAAAACAUCCAGCGAGCCUUCCUGCAAUCUGCCGUGGCACAGAACAUCCAGAUCCAGCAGCACCUGAUGGCACAGAACCAGGCGCUGCAGCAGCUACUUGCUCAGUCCAUUCCGCACAUGGGCAUGGCAUCACGGGACUUUAGUCCACAGAGUGCCCUCGGCCUAAAUAUUCUCGGCAUGAUGUCAAUGUCCGGGAUGCCAAUGACGCCAGGUAUGACCAUGGCUCAGGGGAUGCCCAUGAUGUCAGGUAUGCCCAUGAUGUCUGGCAUCCCUCUGAGCCCUGGGGUACCAAUGACAACUAUUCCAAAUAUGGGAAUGACUGGCUUGGCGGGCAUGACAGGCAUCUCGGGCAUGGCAGGGGCAGCUGAUGGAACCCAGGUUGGCAGGGGUCACUACCAGGUGGGCGGAGAUACGUACUCCCUCCCUCAGAGACGCGGCAUCAACAACAACAAUAAGGUAUCAUUCCAAGAGCCAGAACACAGUGAGUUGUGGAGUACUGAGAAGGCAGGAACAACAGAAGGGGAGGCUGAUGGUGCAUCAGCAGGAGCAGCCCGCAGGGUGACCGGCCCUCCCAUGUCUCCUCCACCUCCCUUGGUGAUGCUGAGUCCGGAAUCAGGGGUACCUAUGUUCUCCCAAGCUGCUGCACUCUCAUCUCCCGUCGGAGAACAAAGCCAGAAGAAGAAUUCAAAUGCCUCGGAUGAUGCCAAAAUGUUCCAUGACUUUAGUCUAGGACCUGGGUCCCCGGGCUCUCCUCCGCCACCACACAGCUACGGCCCUACUGAGUCCCCAUGGGGAGGACUGGUACCCCCGCCUCCGCCCAUGCCCACACACCUACAAGUUGAGGAUGGUGCCGGAGGCUUCAUGGACCCCUACCAGAGGGCCAAGACGGUGAGGAUCGGCAAGUGGAGAUGGCCGCCUCCGAAGGGAGAGGAAGACCCAAAUGACUCCUUCCUGCAAUUCAAGAUAAGACAGCAGACCAAGAAGAUGUCUAAACAACAUGAUGGAAAAGAUUCCCAGCGGCCCAGUCGUGAUGAGAGUUUCACCAUAGAGUGGGAGGAGUUUGAGGUGGGAGGCAUUCCCAGCAGUGCUGAGUCCAGUCCUCGCAAGGACUCUUCACACCAACAGAUGAUGUACAUAAUGCAGUUACAUCAUCAGCAGCAACAGCAGCAGCAGCAGCAGCAGCAGCAGCAGCAGCAGCAGCAGCAGCAACACCAACAGCAACUACUACAGCAACAACAGCUACAGCAGCAGCAGCAGCAACAGCAACAGCAGCAACAGCAACAGCAGCAACAGCAACAUCAACAGAUGAAGUCCCAACAGACAAAUGGGCACGGACCAAGCACUCCAAGAGAAAAGAGUGAGAACAAGGAAAAGGGAGCCACAAGACGGCGGCGAGACUCUUGGGAUAACCCAGUAGACGAUGGGAAGUCUUCGGGUGUUGGCAAGCUCAAGAUCUCCCGCGAGAUGAGGGAGAAGCUGGAGGCUCUCACUUCAUCUCAUCCAUCAAGAGCUCAAAAAGGCCCCGUGAUGCAGAUGCAACAGCAGCAACAACAGCAACAGACGAGAGGCAUCAAGAAGCUUGAGGCUCACCGCCGUUUUCUUCUACAACACCAGCUGGAGGGAGACAAGUGGGACACGGUAGAUUCCAUCAAGCAAGUCACUUCUAAAGUAGAUAAAGGGGGAUCAGUGCCCCCUCCUCCACCUGUAGCACCCCCAAGUGUGUACAUGAACCGGAGGCCCCCAUCCCCAGCACCCUCUGUGUCCUCCCAGGAGAGCUCCCCCGUCAUUCCCCAGCCCAGGUCUCCUCCUCUACCUAUCCAGCCUUCAGGGUUCCGGACCACUGUGGACUACCAUGCUGACAAUAGUGACCGCCGAACCUCUGUCUCCACUAUGCACACAGAGAAAACGGAACAUUUCGAACUUGAGGAGUCAUCAGAGUUCCUACAGCCAGUGGACAGUGCACCAGUGUUGAUCGACCAAGAGAUGGAGAAGAGGUCAUACGAGGCCAUAAAGACCAGACUCCUCCCAGCUCCUCAUGGCUCUCACAUCACUUACUCCCGCGUCCCCUGGUCUCUCACACUCAGGAAAGAGUUGUUUAUCCCUGGAGAGCAGUUGUACGGGGAUGCUCUUCACCUGGUGUUCUGCCAGGUGGUGCUCGAUGUAUAUGCAGGCAACACUCCCAGGAUCACACUUGAUCAACGCACACACAUGAGGAAGAUGUUGGACAAUAGAGGCGUGACUCCCAACAACACCUUUUCACCUCACCACAAGAACUCUCUGAAGAAGGAGAUCGUUGAGAUGGCCAAGACAUGGCCCCUCUACUUUGCUGCUAUCUUCCCCGUCACUGGGUCACGUAAGGCAGGCGAUGUGGAGAUGCUGGCUGUCUCACACUCAGGUAUCAGACUCCUACGUCGCGACCACAACCACUUCAGUAUCAUCAGCACCUUCAACACGGUAGAGGAGGCAGAGUGCCCACGAGCCGGGUCACUGAGACUGGUGGCCGCUGGAGGCACCAGGAUGAUCCUCUAUACCCCGAGGGCUAAGCAGAUAGCUGCCAUCCUCCACAAAUACAUCUCCAUACCAAAACCUGGAAGCCAAGAGUUUGUACGGGCAGUAGCAGACUACAUCACCCGGGAAAACACGCUGCUCAGCUUCAAGAAGGGAGAUAUCAUCAGAGUCAACGGUGCUGACAGAUACGAGGAUAAUGGUUGGUUGCAGGGAACACUUGAUGGCCGCACAGGACUUUUUCCUGUUGAUUAUGUUGUACCAAUUGCCAGGUCAGAAGCCAGAAUUGCUGCUUCAGCUGCUGCUUCUGCUACUACCAGUACUGUUGUUACCACUGCAACCACCACCAUUGCUGCUACCAAGCCUCAGGUUGAUGUCCUCGAAACAAGCUUGAUAGAAAACGAGUCUGAAAUGCGAAGUGCUCUAAGUGCAGGCACUUGGAUUCAGCAGCCCAUCCACACCAACCCCCGCAUCCAGUCUCAUCAUGAUGACUCUGGCCACUCUUCUGGUGGAGAGGGAGGUGGUGGGCCAGGUAGUGGUGAAGGUCCAGGAAGUGGAGGAGGGCCAGGUAGUGGAGGGGGUGGGAGCCAGCCUGUGGUCCAUGACGGGAAGCACUCUUUGCUUCAGUUUGCCCUCCAGCAUUUCAGAUUGUCCAAAGAACAAGGCAUUGUGCAGUCUGAUGGUACACUCCAGACCAACAAAACCAAGAAGAAGAAGGGCAACAAGGACCACGUUGCAGAGUGGACAUGGAAAGAGCAGGUUGAGAUGGUAAAGUUCAGCCAGUCACCACUCUCUGCAUCAUUGCUUCCAUUGGAGCCUGAGUUGAGCCAGAUGGCUGUGGAGAGCUUUGUGGCAGUGAUGCGCUAUAUGGGAGAUUACCCUAUGGCACCCCAACACACUGAAGUUCAUUGUGUCUACACCAUUCUUAUGAACUGCCACAAGCAUCAUGUGUUGAGAGAUGAAGUGUACUGCCAGAUCAUGAAGCAGACAACCAACAAUAAAUCUUCCAUCCCAGACUCCUGCCAAAGGGGCUGGAGACUCUUCUCCAUUGUGGCAGCAUAUUUCACUUGCUCAGAAAACCUCAAGCCUUACCUCUUUAAAUAUCUCGAAACAGCAGCUUAUGAUAAAAGAAGAGCUUAUCAUGGAACAGCAAUGGUGUGUCUUCAAAAUCUUCGUAAGACGUUUAAUUAUGGUGGACGUAAAAAUGUUCCCAGCAUUGAGGAGAUAACUGCCAUAACUGCUGGUCGCAAUUCUAAGCGGCAAAUCUACAGACUUCCGGGAGGAACUGAAAGAGUUAUCAAUACCAAGAGUACUUCAGUGGUUCAGGAUAUUAUUGAGGAGAUGUGUAACAUGAUUGGUGUGAGGAAUCCACAUGAACAAGAGGAAUACAGCUUGUACUGUAUUGUUGAAGGUGACACUUUCACCAUGCCACUUGCUAGGGAGGAAUAUAUUCUCGAUGUCACAACAGAAUUAUUGAAAAAUCAACAGGUGUUCUACUUGAUAUUUUGUAGAAGUGUAUGGUAUUACCCAUUGCGUUCUGAUAACCCAUUGUAUUAUGAGGUUGUGUUCAAUCAGAUUGCUCCAGACUACCUUGAAGGUCUGCUCUUAGUAACGCCAGGAGAGCAGCUCCAGCAAGAAGUUAUUUAUGACAUUGCCAAAGUUGCUGCUCUCCUUCACCGUGCUGCUGACCUUGAAGAGAUGCCCAGUAUGAAAGAAGUAAAAUACUUGUUGCCAAAACCUGCACUAACUGUGCGAGAUGUGAAACCUCCACAGUGGGUCAAUAUGGUCCAAUCCGCCUGGCCAGAGGUUUCUGCCCUCACUAGUUUACAAGCCAAGGCACAAGUUCUUGAAAUCCUCCAAAUGUGGCCACUAUUUGGGUCAUCCUUCUUCGCUGUUAAGAGAAUAAUGGAACCAAAGGAAAGAACGGAUCAUAUCCUGGCUCUGAACAAAAAUGGAGUUCAUUUCCUUGAUCUUCUUACUCAUGAAACAUUGACCAGGUACAGUUUAGCUGAGGUGAUGAGCACAAGGAAAGUCAAGAGUGAAGAGGAAUUGUAUCUAGACAUGAAGUGUGGCAACCUAAUGCAGCAGCGCAUCACCCGCAUACAAACUGACCAAGCUCACGAAAUCUCUCGUCUCAUACGCCAGUACAUUACAAUUGAGCAGCGUGUAACCGGACACACUCGAGGAGAUAAUCCUAAAGAUCUGACCCUUUCUAGAUGAGUUGUAAUGAAAGACUUUGUAAUUUUAAACAAAUUUUCCAAGGUUGUCAUAUGAAAUAGGAUGCACUGUUGAUUAGUAAACAUGGCACCUGUCUCGUUCACAGUUGGUUGUAAAGGAGAAAAUCAGCAUCAACUAACUUGAAAAGAUAACAGUUGUGAAUAUAGGUAGUUUUCCUAAUUUUGAUGUCAUGAAGGACAUUUUCCUAAUUCUGGUAAGACCAUAUUUCUUCAUAUAUGGGAGACCUGUGAUACUUCCUCAUGAAAUAGUGCACCUGAAAAGGCAAUAGCAUAAGACUGCACAAACAUGUGCCAAUUAUCCAACACAAAAUUGACAUUCCUAAAGCUCAAAUGCACUGUUGUACAUUGAAACUUGUGCUAAAUGAGUAAUUUUAUUAUGUUUAUUGUUGGUCAGUGCUAGCACAUGUGGCUCUUGCCUCCCUUAACUGUACAGAAGAAAACGGAUUCAGUAUUCAGUAAUGUUACCAUGUGAAUUCGUGCAUCUGUUUGUGAUGCAGAGGGAGGUGCAUAUGCAACAUGUUUCUGACCUGCCUUUCAAACUAUUAGUGUGUGUCUUUUGGUGUAUGAACAACUAAUAUUUGAGUAAUUGUUGUGCAAGAGGAAAAAUGCAUGUAAUGAAGGGUGGUAUAUAUGAAGACUUAAGUACUGAUGCCAUAUAACCUCUAAAUUGUAAGUAUUUGUCUGCAUGGAAUGAAUAUAACAACCAAGUGUAAGUGGCAAUCUAUAAUUUUUCUAAAUUUAUUUCUUUAGGUAACUGAAAUGGAGCAAGACAGUUUUACUCGUCAGUUUAACAUCAUAUAUGAAUACCAUGCAGAGCAUAAAUUCCGUUGAAUGAAAGUGUAUACAUACUGUAAUAAAUUAUUUAUUAGUUUACUGUGCAUGACCAAAAUUACCUUCAGUGUAAAGCCAACAAUAAUAAGAAAAAGCUUUUCAGCAAAAAAUGCAUUUCUGUAUCUAGAUAAUCAACGUAUCUUGUGAACUGCUCAAAUGUGCGAGUUUGUAUAUUGUAUUGUUACUAAAAUAUACUAGUUUUUAUUUUAUUACAAUUCUUCAUGCUGUAACUGUAGAGCUUAGUAGCAAUAUGAUAAACAUUUAUAUUUUAUUUUAAUUUUAUAUGUACAUUAUUUUGUCAGACACAGUACAGGUAGAUCCAAGAAGUUAAUUAAUUUUUCAUUCCUAUCCAAAAUAUUUUUAACAAGUUCAUGCAUGUCAAGAUUUUUAUUUAUUUUUCAGCAUGUUGGCUCAAAAAUGUUCACCCUGUACAUAAACUAAUGUUUUGUAUUUUCUCACAUGCAUUCAUUUUACAUUUUUAACAUCUUAAAAGGCAGAAUAAAAAAAUAACUGUG